AUGAAUUCCGAAGAAGUAGAGAAGAAGGAUGUGAUGCAAGCAGAUGAAAGUCAAAAUAAACAUGUAAGCGUGUAUACGAUUGAUUUUCCAACCAACUCGGAAUUGCGCAAAAAGUUGAAUAGGCCGGCUGUAGUUGCAAUUGGCUAUUUAAUCGUGACAACUUGGUCUGCUUAUUCUACUGCAUCUGCUACCGCUUUGGUUGCAGGUGGCUUAAACGUAUUCUUUUGGGGCUUAUUGAUCACGGUUUUCUGCAUCAUUUGCGCAGCUGCAAGUUUAGCUGAGCCAGCAUCUUUAUGUCCUUAUGGAAAUCAAGCGCAAUGGUGUUCAAUACUAACUCCAAACAAGAUGAUCGCCACAGCAAACAUUGCCAGUCUAAUAUGGAACGUUUGUGGUUUUCUAUUGAUCUCAAUUUUCAUGCUGGUUCAAAGUCGCGGUCACUAUAAUUCCGCCAAAACUGCAUUUAUAACCAUUUCAAACCAAUCAGGUUGGAGUACUUCAUUCGUACCUUGGGUAUCAGGCUUAAGCCAAGCAGCUUUGUCGACGACAGCAUUUGACGCCGUCGCUCAUUUGGCAUACGAAAUGCAUGAGCCGCAUAAAGACGUACCUUUUGGAAUGUUAUCUGCCAUCGGAACAAACGGAAUCAUUGGAUUACUCUAUGCAGUAAUAUUUAUAUUCUGCCUACCUGCAAAUGCCUUCGAUUUACUCACAACUCCUACCGGUUUCCCAUUUGGUCAAUUCUUGUUGAAUUUGACGCACGGAUCUCAAGUUGGCACUGUCUUUUUAAUUUUGGUGUUUUUUAUCCCUCUUUUGUUUACAGGAGUUGACCUUUAUGUGACCACUUCAAGGAUUGCAUGUGGUUUUGCAAGUCAAGGUGGUUUACCAAACCUUGUUGGCAAGGUCAAUCAACGAAUUGAUGCGCCUAUUUUUGCUUUUAUCUUUGUCGGAAUAAUCAACGUUUGCUUAGCCUGGAUCUAUGUGGGUAGUACAGCGGCAUUCACUGCUUUUAUUUCUGCACCUGCAGUUGUUUUAGGUUGGACUUAUUCGGCCGUUGCUGCAUCCAUGCUCUUUUACGGUCGACCAGUAAAGCAAAUCAAAACAAAGUUCAACCUGGGAAGUAUUCUUGGACCGUUUGCCAAUAUUGUGACCAUCAUUUUUUAUCUCUGCUUAACGGUUUUCCUAAGUUUACCUCCUACUUAUCCAGUUUCUGCUUCAUCUAUGAAUUUCACCUCUGUGAUUCUAGUGGCAAGUAUAUUGGCACCAAUCCUCACAUGGUUCUUAUACGCAAAAAGAUUUUAUCGACCUAUAGUUACAGAUUGA